GUUUUUGUUUUAGACGUGCUUGUGGUUGGCAACACUGUUAGCAGAGGACAGAAAUUUUCUCAUCUCCUCUCCUUCCACUUCUGUAGGUCAAAAUUAAACAAAUUUAAGCUCACAAUGGCUGCAUCUCUAGCUCGCUCAACCCGUAGUGCUGCCAGGCUCCUGGCCUCAAGAGCCGCAGCUUCUGUUCAACAGAGAGGUUAUGCUGAAGAGAUGGCUUUUACAUUUGCUGCAGCAAACAAGGUAUUCUACAACAAUGCCAAUGUGAAGCAAGUAGAUGUGCCAUCCUUCAGUGGUUCAUUUGGUAUUCUGCCCAAACACGUCCCGACACUUGCAGUUUUGAAGCCAGGAGUAGUGACUAUUUAUGAGCAAGACGGCUCUGCUAAGAAAGUCUUUGUUUCCAGUGGCACGAUAACCAUCAAUGAUGACUCAUCAGUGCAAGUGUUGGCUGAGGAGGCACAUUCCGUGGAAGAUUUGGACAUCUCGGCCGCCCGUGAGGUCCUCAGCAAGGCUCAGAGUGAAUUGUCGUCUGCAUCUAGCGAAGUUGCCAAGGCUGAGGCCCAGAUUGCUGUUGAGGUUGCAGAAGCAUUGGUUGCCGCUGCCCAGUAAACUUUAUCCUUUAUUUGUUGUAGAUAUCCGUGAGCUAAAUAAAAUACCUUUUUGUUAGUUAA